AUGGCAUAUGUCAUGCAUGAUAUCAGAUACUGUACCAACUUUGAUUCAGUAGUUGUGCUUUCCAAUAUCUUCCUCUGGUCUGGUCUCUGUCGCGACCAGUUCGACCACAACUCCAAAGCCACCAUUGGAGUGGAGUUCCAGACGCAGGUAGUGGAAGUCGACGGGAAAGAGGUGAAAGCGCAGGUGUGGGACACCGCCGGCCAAGAACGCUUCCGGGUCGUCACGUCGGCGUACUACAGAGGCGCCGUCGGCGCCCUCAUUGUCUACGACAUCACCCGGAUGAUAACUUUUGAGAACAUCAAACGCUGGCUCGAAGAGCUCAACACUCAUUGUGAUACUACGGUGGCAAGGAUGCUGGUUGGAAACAAGUGCGAUUUGGAGAGCAUUCGAGACGUGAGCGUGGAAGAGGGCAAGCUCCUUGCGGAAGAGGAAGGGUUGUUCUUCAUAGAGAUGUCCGCCCUCGACUCCAACAACAAAGGAAUUGGCUAA